AUGGAAGAGAUAACCAAUCUCAAAGCCAAUGUCCUCAUGAACCAAGCUUCCAAUGAGAAAGUCCUGAACAAUUUCACGGAAACCUUGCGCAAUUACGAGAGAGAGAACCGAGACCUUGCCAGACUCAUCUACCGUUUCUUCGAAGAGAUAGACGCCAUCUGGAAGGUACUCGGAAAGGACAGAACAUGCAACACCGUACUUCGUGAACACAGAAUUGCCGAAGGUAUUAUCAAAGAAGAGGAAGAAGAGGAAGAAGAAGAAGAGAAACACGAAGAAAAGGAAGUUUGGGCAACCCUUGUUGUCGAUGACGCUUACGAAAUUUCCCAACCCUACCCAUACCAAAUCCGCAACAAGGCGACAGGCAAGGUUCUUACCCCAGUCCUCAACAACUUGGGACACUUGAACCUUAACCUUCGGAAUUACGGUUCAGUUUCCAUGGGAAGGCUUGUCGGUAUGCAAUGGGUUCCAAAUCCAGACAAGAAGUCGAGGGUCAGACACAUUGACGGUGACAAGCUCAACAACCGUAAGGAGAACCUCGAGUGGUUCUAA